AUGGAGGAAGGAAAAGACAUGGCAGCACAUUGCUCAAGUCAUGUGAUUGAAGAAAAACUGGGUAUUUGCAUGAGCAAUGGUUCAGACUUCCCUCUUCUGACUGAUGAAAAGUUUGAUUUUGACCUUUCACUCUCUCCAGCAAGUGGAAGUGAAGAUGAAGUUUUUUUUGGACCUUUGGGACACAAAGAAAAAUGUAUUGCUGUCAAUAUUGAAGGAAAAAGAAGUGCUGAAAAAAAAAGUGUGCCUGCUUCUGAUGAUAAACUCAUGUGGAGCCCACUUACAGGAGAGAAAUUUGUGGAAAUUUUCAAAGAAGCUCAUUUGUUAGCUCUGCAUAUAGAGACUGAAAGCAAGAAUGAACAGACUAAAAUAAGCCAAUCAGAAGAACAGGAAAACAAGAUUAUAGAAAAAUUUGUGGAGGACUCAAAGUCAAAAUUGAAAAUACUGCGAAACCAAAAUAUAGAGAAAAGUCCCAGAGCUGUUAAAAGGGAGACAUACUGUGUGCAGGAUAGCCCAGCAUGUCAGCUGCCACCUUGUUUUCAGAAGGAAUCAGAUAAACUUCUGUCAGAUGACAAAACACAUGCUCUUCAUACUCCUCCAAACAGAAGCCCUGUUAAAAUUUGUGUAUCUCCUACAAAAAUUGCCAGUUCACCUCUGACACAAGAACAGAAAACUAAGGAAGGAAAUACGAAGGCAACUGGUAAACUGCCAAUGGCAAAACCUUCAUCUACUCUUGGAAUAAGCAAUUUGUUGACUAUUGAAAAGCCCAAACCAGGAAAACAUACUAGUAUUUCUACAAAAAGAGACUUGAACAUCAUGGGAUCAUCAGAUCUAACUUGUGAUAAAACUAGUGCUCCUUCAGAUGUCUUUGGGUCUUUGUUCAGUGGCAGUUUCUCAGUGCAAGACAAAAAAGCCCUUCCUGCACCAAGUAAGCCUGGCUUAAAGAAGAUAACACAUCUGAAACUUCCUGGUGUUGCCAGUGGUCUCACAAGAAAGACUACUUCAUCUUCAUCAUCAGUUUCCAGCGUUAACUCAAGUCUGAAUUCAAGUUUACCCAUUUCUCCCAUAGGAAAAAAUGGAAAAUCAAGCAUAUCUUCAAAAGCUAGCAUGAGUGGUUCUAAGCUUUCAUCUAGUACAAACAGGCUGGCCCUUGUCAGACCUACCAGAGUGUCAUCUCUACAGGCUGCCAAUACUGAGAAAUCCAGGAAGCAAGAAAGAUCAGCUAGUACUCCCAAAAUAUCUAGUGUUGUAAGCUUGGCUAAAUCUUCAGCUUCUGCAGCAUCAUCUGAGGCUGUAGGCAGUGGAAUUCAGAGGCUGAGCUCUGUUCCCAGUCUGCAGAAGCUAUGUCAGCAGAAUAAAGAUGGAAGUGCAACAAAAGGAAGCCUGUGUCCAAAGCCCAAGGCUAGAGUUUUGUCUGUUCCUACAAGUCAAACUAAGGUUCCAGUGAAGACUGGAGAUAAACCACCAAACAAAUCAGCACCAAAAGCAACGCCAUCUCUUGGAGUAACAUUUUGUGGCACGCUUGGAAGUGCCAUGGCAGUCAGCACUCCUGUGAAAGCCUCAGAAGAUGGGAUCUUUCAGAAUUCUUGUUUUCAUGAGAGGUCUGUUUCUAUGACUCCUGCCAGUCUGAAACGGUCUGGCUUACCUACACCUGUUCGUCGUAUCUCAGGAUUUCCAGCAGUGACUCCUAAAACUGCACCAAGAAUGGCAUUUCCUCUAUAUGCUGCAUCUGUUUGCCAAGGUUCCAGCUUUUCUACUAAAGAGACUCUUACAGCUGGUUCUAAACAGACAAAAGAGAGUAAGACACAAACGUCUUCAGAAGAUGAUACAUCUCCUCCACCUGUGCUACCUCUUGCACUUAAUUUCUCACCAGAAAAAACUGCUACAGAAGCAGUAGAAAACGAAUUAAAAGAGGCUGAAGUACAAAAUCAGCUGGCUGAAGAGAAACAAACUGAGGCCUUACUGGUAGAUAUUGGAGUAGACAAAUCUUUCCCACACUCUUUGGAAUGUGAAAGUAGACCUCUGAUUGACCUUUCCAAUACUCCCGAAGUGAAUAAGAUUCUUCCUCUAAAGCCUACACUCUCAGGGCAGGUAAAGCUAAUUGAUUUGAGUUCGCCUCUUAUCACUCUGAGUCCUGAUAUAAACAAAGAAAAUAUGGAUUCCCCUCUACUCAGGUUCUGAACUUGAGUUGAAAUGAAGAAUUCUUGGCAUCUGUGAUCUUUGAAGUGUUUAGGUGUUACUCUUCAGUUGUAGAGUUUUUUGAAGAUGGCUAUGAUUAUCUGAUGAACUGCAUUAACACAAUAGAAUUCUAACAGUCUUGAUAUAGUCAAACUGAGUCUGAUUAAUGGUUCUGUUCAUGGAUGUGCUGCAGUGGAUGUAUUUAAACUGUGUUGCUCUAAGGCAAAAAGGGAUAUUCUCUGUAU